CGCGGCCCGGUGUGCGCGCGCCUGUGCGUGUGUGUGUGUGUGUAUGUAUGGAUGUGUGUGUAUGUGUGUGUGCGUGUGUGUGGAUGCGAGAGAGGGGGUACGAACACGCCUUUGGGGACCCGAGGGACGCUGCGGUGGGCUUCACUCCGGCCUCCGCCAGGCGGCUGUUCAGCCUCGCAUCUGCCUACCGCGCUUUUGCAGAAGCAGCCCGGCUCUUUGAUCGUCCCGGAACCACCCUCAGCAUCCGAUCUUACUUUUUCUUUCACCCACAAGGGCAGCAGCUGGCCACCCCCUUAACCGGUGCAAACACCCAACCAAGCCAGUGCUCGGUGCUUUUCUCAGCUAGUAUUUUCCCCGCGUGUCUUUCUCUGGGGCUUCCCACGAGCCACUUCAAUGCUCCUCCAGCUUCACAAAUUGUUCCGUUGGUCUGUUUAACUGACGAGUUGUAAAUCUUGAAGACUUUAUUAUUAUUAUUUUGAUUCUUUUCAUUUCAUCCCCCUGUGGGCAACGGAGCAAUGAAAUUUCCAAUCGAGACGCCAAGAAAGCAGGUGAACUGGGAUCCUAAAGUGGCCGUGCCUGCAGCAGCCCCUCCAGUGUGCCAGCCCAAGAGUGCCACUAACGGGCAUCCUCCUGUUCCUCGACUCUCCAUUUCCUCCCGAGCCACGGUGGUAGCCAGGAUGGAAGGGGCCUCCCAGGGAGGCCUGCAAACAGUUAUGAAGUGGAAAACAGUGGUUGCCAUCUUCGUGGUGGUUGUGGUCUACCUCGUCACUGGUGGCCUUGUCUUCCGGGCCUUGGAACAGCCCUUUGAGAGCAGUCAGAAGAACACAAUCGCCUUGGAGAAGGCAGAAUUCUUGAGAGAUCACAUCUGCGUGAGCCCCCAGGAACUAGAGACGCUGAUUCAGCAUGCACUUGAUGCUGAUAACGCCGGAGUCAGCCCGGUAGGAAACUCUUCCAACAGCAGCAGUCACUGGGACCUUGGAAGUGCCUUCUUCUUUGCUGGGACGGUCAUCACAACCAUAGGGUAUGGGAAUAUUGCUCCGAGCACUGAAGGAGGCAAAAUCUUUUGUAUUUUAUAUGCCAUCUUUGGGAUCCCACUUUUUGGUUUCUUAUUGGCUGGAAUUGGAGACCAACUUGGAACCAUCUUUGGCAAAAGCAUUGCAAGAGUGGAAAAGGUUUUUCGAAAAAAGCAAGUGAGUCAGACCAAGAUCCGGGUUAUCUCCACUAUUCUCUUCAUCUUGGCUGGCUGCAUCGUGUUUGUGACGAUCCCUGCUGUCAUCUUUAAAUACAUUGAGGGGUGGACCGCCUUGGAGUCCAUCUACUUUGUGGUAGUCACUCUGACCACAGUGGGCUUCGGUGAUUUUGUGGCAGGGGGAAAUGCUGGCAUCAAUUACCGAGAGUGGUAUAAGCCGCUGGUGUGGUUUUGGAUCCUUGUUGGCCUUGCCUACUUUGCAGCUGUCCUCAGUAUGAUCGGAGACUGGCUGCGGGUUUUAUCCAAAAAGACAAAAGAAGAGGUUGGUGAGAUCAAAGCCCACGCAGCUGAGUGGAAGGCUAAUGUCACUGCUGAGUUCCGGGAGACGAGAAGGCGGCUCAGCGUUGAGAUCCAUGACAAGCUGCAACGGGCAGCCACCAUCCGAAGUAUGGAGCGCCGGAGGCUGGGCUUGGACCAGAGGGCCCAUUCACUGGACAUGCUAUCCCCUGAGAAGCGUUCUGUCUUUGCAGCCUUGGACACAGGCCGUUUCAAGGCAUCAUCCCAGGAGAGUAUCAACAACAGACCCAACAACCUUCGCCUUAAGGGGCCAGAACAGCUUACCAAACAUGGGCAGGGCGCUUCUGAGGAUAACAUCAUCAACAAGUUUGGGUCCACCUCCAAACUUACAAAGAGGAAAAACAAAGAUCUCAAAAAGACCUUACCCGAGGAUGUUCAGAAAAUCUACAAAACCUUCCGGAAUUACUCUCUGGAUGAAGAGAAGAAAGAGGACGAGACAGAAAAGAUGUGUAACUCAGACAACUCCAGCACAGCCAUGCUGACAGAGUGUAUACAGCAGCAAGCUGAGAUGGAGAAUGGAAUUGUACCCACAGACACCAAAGACCAGGGGCUGGAGAACAAUUCUUUACUUGAAGACAGAAACUAAAUGUUAAAGACACUGGAAUUGGACUAUGUGUUGUCUUGUUUUGUUUUGUUUUUGUCUUGUUUUUGUUUUAAUAUUCACACUGAGACACGUGCCUUAAAUAGACUUCUUGUUAGUACAAAAUUGCAUAGCAUUGAAGAAGAUAUUUCACUGUGCCAUACACAACUGAAAGCUUGCUCUGCCAAAAUGAACCAAACAAGAGCUUCAUUUCAGACAGUGGCAGCAGGACAGUUGGGGGGCAUUUGCACAGGUAGCAGGUGUCAGCUGUCCCUGUGAGGGGGAGUCCCAGUGGCAACGCUAUAGUCCUCACACAGUGCCACUCUGGCACGGUGCACAGGCAAGGACAGCUUUCACUUAGACCAGCCUCUGAGAGGGUAGGUUUGUCUUUUGAGUCGAGUCUCCUUUCCCUAACCAGCCCUUAGUGAUAGGUGGUGCACAGAAGGGGUGACUGUUUGUGAGGGACCCGAUGGCUCUAGCAAGGGUUUGAGUAGAUAUUUUGACAGGCCACAGUGCAGAAAACCUACUCCAAAAUGAAUGUCCCUGGGACCCAAGAGUACCUGGAAUUUGUUGGAAACUGAUCAGAGCACACACGUUUUAUAAGGUGCAAUUGCUUUCUCAUAAAAAAAACAAAUCACAGACACAUCCCACUGUGGGUAUCUCCUUAACCAAUGACAGAGGCCCACGGAACUUUAUCCUUCUCGUGGGAUAGGUAGUGUAGGCGGGCUUGCAAGCAUUGGUGACUACACCACCUCAGCUGCUGCCUCGUUGGAAGGUAGAUCAUGCAUUUUUCUUCAGUGGGUACGAAGGUAAAACAAAACAAAACAAAACAAAAAAUUGAUUUUUGGGACAUACAUACUCACUUUUCUACGGGAACUUUAAUUAUAACUUGUUUUGAUAGGAGGGAGGAAAUACCAAAAUUAUUGCCUUUGCAUGAUGCCAGUGGCUUGCUGUUCUGUCUAGCUGAUCUUUUUUUUUAAAUAAAAGAUAAAAAUAGACAUCUUGCAUUUGUGGGACACACCGAAGAGGACCAUGGCAUCUUUCCAUCUCAGGGUUUCCUGUCCUUUUGGGUGUCGUAGAGUAGACUUAGCUAUGAGCCUCAAUUUGGCGAUUCUGUACAAAGGAAAAGGAGCCUCUCACCAAACCCUUGUAAGACUGAACUGGUUUAAGUUGUUUGCAGGUUAAGUGCCGUUAACACAUUGACAACACUGGAAAGGAAUAUGUAAAAGAUUUUACUUUGUCCUUGUGUUUUGUGGAUGCCUUUAUCAAGUCCAUUGUAUGACUAUGUUUCAUUAUGCCUUUAGUAUGGGAACAUAGCCUUUCUUAUCUAUUCACCCCACAUCUGUUAUGCACCAAAAUGGGAACUCCCUCAGCAUUGUUUCUAGUGGAGCAGUGAUCAACAUGCGAUUGCUAUGAUUGUUUAACCUUUUAUAAUGUUCAGUGAAGGACCAUUGUAGAAAUGUGUGAGUUGUAGGGUUUGGAAGGCUAAUUUAAUGGAUUUUUUUUUUUUAUCAGAAAGGAGAAAUUCAUAGUAGGCCUUAUUUCACCUGUGUAUAUGUCAACUUUAACCAGACUUGGCUGCAUGUUGGUUCAGCUAGGGGCCCCCUGCCACUAAACAUUUGAAUCCUAUAUCAUGAGGAAAUUGCUGGCCAUGGGUCUUCAAGACUCAGUACCACUUUUGGGGGAUUUUCAUGGAGUUUUCCAUGAAAACUAAUUAACUAAGCAUAUUUAACAAGAGAUCACAGCACAAGUGGAGACUUCCAGAAACCAUCUACCAUUUUCCAACCUAGGGGAAAAUUAUGUCCACUGCCUCGCUGGUACCAUUGAAGACUCAUGUCCCCUGCCCAUUUCCCUGAAAUGUACUGCUUCCAGCUGUUCCCUUCUUGGAGCACAGAAGCCCACGUUUCCUAGCUCUCAGAGAAGCCUUCAGGAUCUUGUUAAAUAUUUGAGAAGUCAAAUAGUCAUCGCUAUGGUGAAGCCUUUUCUGUCAAGGGUUUGUCUGGCAUCAGUCCUUCAUCAGAGCAGAACACUGGCCCAUUGGUGUUCCACAUAGUGCUGUAGACUUGGAGAACAUGAUGUGUAUGCAGGUAUGGAUACUGGGUUUUUAUUAUGGGUAGGGUCCAGCCUGACUCAUUGUUUUAAGGAACAGCUAGAUAAGUGGGACUUCCCUAUCUAACAAGUUUCCUGAUGACUUGGAGAACAUGAUGUGUGUAUGCAGGUGUGGAUGCUGGGUUUUUAUUAUGGGUAGGGUCCAGCCUGGCUCAUUGUGUUUUAAGGAACAGCUAGAUAAGUGGGACUUCCCUAUCUGACAAGUUUCCUGAUGAAACUGUCCAUGGAUCUCACCCGUAUGCCCUUGUAUGGUACCUGGGUACAUCUUUAUGGUUGUGUUAAAACUGCAGGCACUAGAUCUAUGUCUGGUAUAGAAGCAUCCCUGCCAUCUGUGCCAUUUAUAGACUUGCUACUGGAUUGGACAUUUGACAGCACCCAUUGAAACCUCACACUGUCAAGUUGGAAGUAUUUACAAACUCUCUGUAUAGUAGAGGGCACAGAGACUCAGGGAGGCUAAGCAACUUACCAGUGAUGCACAGCAAGAACGUGGGAAAAGUCUGCAACAUGCACCCUAGUGACUGAGAGUGUGUGUGGUCGUGGGUGUGACUGUAUGCGUGCACACAUCUUACAAGCUUCAUGAGCACAUUUGACAGAGGUGAGGAGAAGAUAGUUUUUUUUUUUUUACCCCUAAGAGGGACUAAAAUUUAGGGGGUAAAGCUGGCCUAAAGGCUUGCCUCUGAAGCUAUCUGCUGCAUGCUUUUGGACAGCACCUUUUCUGUAUUGCUAGAAAUGCCCCUCCAAAGUGCUCCUUUGCACUUUACUCGAUUUUCUUGCAGGAACUCUUCAUACAGCAGGAACUAGACAGCUCUGCAGUCUUCGAUGCAUAAUCAACCAAAUGGACCAGGUAUAUGAAUCGGCGUGGGCAUAGAUGCAUUCGUGAGAAUCAAACCACAGUAAUACUAAGACUCAAACAUAACCUUGGGUUGAGAGUGUGUAGCCCAUUCCCUGAGUGUUGGAAAAUGGUUCUGUAGGACAUCAAAGAAGACCCUCAAUGAAGACUGUGUAUGUAGACAAAGUGUUCCAAAAACUAAACUAUGAAGUACUCUCCAAGGGAGAGGCUGAUGGGCACAUGAGAAGUUUCAUUCCAUGUAUACAUGCUAACUAAGCCUGAAGGUCUUGGUUGUUUGGAAGUCACUCGACUGUUACCCCUGUAAGCAGGGGAGCAAACAGUAUGCAGACAUGCGUGAUAAGACAGCUGCUGCAUGUUACAUACAAACAUCAGCCCAGCCUACCCUUUUUCCUCAGUAACCCUUGCCCCUCUUAAGCAUAGAAUAAGACAUGUAAAGAGCACAUGUUUGGUAUCUUAGGUGGUCAGUUUUGUGCUUCAUUUGGCAGCUGAGUAUAGAAUUGUUUUCUCAUCUGGAGGUUUACUAGUGAGAGUCAAUGGAUG